AUCAGUCGGCGUGAGAAUUUUUUAAAGAGAGAACUAUGCAUAGAUUGCUGUUCUUCAUUGCCAUCGGCCUACGGAUGUUGGCUUCGGCAGAAUGGGAAGAUUGGUCCAUGUCUUCAGAAAUACGUUCAAAUAGGCGUUGCAUCGACAUACCAUCAAAUAUGUCACUAUGCAAGGAUUUGAAUUAUACUCAAAUGGUUUUACCGAAUCUUUUGGAUCAUGAGACAGUACCCGAAGCUGUUUCCCAGUCAACUAUAUGGCUUCAGCUUGUCGAUCAGAAUUGUUUUCCCCAUACAAGACUCUUCUUAUGUACUCUAUUCGCUCCACUCUGCUUCGAUCCCUUAGUAAAACCUUGCAGAAGUUUAUGUGAGGAUACGAGAAGACACUGUGAACCUAUAAUGAAAAAGCAUCGGUAUUCUUGGCCAGUAAUUUUGAAUUGCAGCAAAUUUGAGGAAAAGGAUCCUUGUGUAAGGGCACCAAAAGCAGCACAAAAGACCACUCCUACAGCACGUAUAGCCGUAAGACCAACCGACAGUAUCAUUAAAAAGAUGAACAAUAAUUCUUGCGGUGAAUGCGAAAUGAAUACAAAGCCUUCAAAUAGGAUGAUAUGUUCCUCAAAAUUCCGUAAGCCUUUCACUUAAAAGAGUAACAAAGUAGAUACGGCGUAAUAAAACUUAUUAGAAUUCGAAUCAUGAUUUAAAAAAAGAUUGUUUGUCAUAAAAAAUAAUUCAAUUUUACUGGAAAGAAUGUCUUUAUAAAUUUGCAAACUUUUUUUUCUGCAGUGAUAAGGACCAGAUUGAUUAAUAUUAAUUCGAGGAAGGUCUUACAAACAUCCUCGAAAAGGAAGUUAAUUCAAGGAUCGAAAAAACUAAGAAAGAAGCGUCUAAUCUUAAGGUGUAAUGGUUGUAGAGGUAUAAAAAGCGGUUUGAAAUUGCUGUUUGGAUCUAGAAAAAAGGGAAGCUAUAUCGUUGAACAUAUUAUUAGUUAUGAUAAGAAGAAAAAGUGGAUGAAGUCAUUGAAUAGAAAAACACUUAAAUCUAAAUGUAAAAAGUACAGAAAAUCACGCGACAAAGGAAGAAAAGCGAAAAAACCUAGACUUUGAUAGUUCGCCAAAGAAAGAUAACCCUACGAAAAAGGGGUGAGGGGGCGAAGGGGAAGGGGUGGUGUCGGGAACUUUAAUUCUGUUUAAUUUUUUUUUAUCUUAGAAAAUAGCUUUUUUUAAUGUUUAUAUCAGCUUUUGGCUUGCCGUUCAAUUGACUAAAGUGAGAGAGAGCGAGUGAGAGAAUGAGUGGGGAAGAGAGAGAUAUGGGUAAGAGAAAGAGUAAGAAUGAGAUGCGGAAACAGAGAGAGAGAGAGAGAGAGAGA